AUGGUGACAUUCAAACUUCCUUUAUCUAUGCUUCUUUUAUUCCUUCUACUCAAUAUUUUUCUAUGCUCAUCUGAAGUACUAUACAUUCCAGUCACUAAAGAUGCAUCAACCCUAGAAUACAUUAUAGAAGUAGGUCAAAGAACUCCUUUAAUCCCCAUAAAACUCUUAAUCAAUCUUGGUGGUAGAAGCUUAUGGGUGGAUUGUGACAAAGGUUACAAAAGUUCAACUUACAAACCAGCAGUAUGUAAUUCCACACAAUGCACUUUUGCCAAAUCUCAUGCCUGUGGAGAUUGCAUAUUCAAACCUCAAGUGCAGCCUGGAUGUAGCAACAAUACUUGUUACAUUUGGGGUGAAAAUCCAUUGAUCAAUUCGUUUCACGAUCGCGCUGAAAUUGCUGAGGAUGUAUUGGCUAUUGGUUCUACUCCUGGUGUUCGUGUAACUUGGCCGCGGUUUAUUUUCUCUUGCCUUCUUGAUCAAGAUAUGAUGAGACAAUUCGCGAAUGGAGUCACAGGAGUUGCAGGUUUUGGACGUGAAAGUCCAGUUUCCAUUCCCAAUCAACUUGCUUUAGACUCUAGAUUCACCAAGAAAUUUGGUAUAUGUUUGAGCUCAUCUACAAAAUCUCGUGGGGUUAUUUUCAUCGGUUCUGGUCCAUAUUAUGUUUACAAUCCUAAGAAAAUCGAUAUCUCCAACGAUAUUCUCUACACCAAAUUAAUCGCAAAUACAAGGGGAGGAUUUGUGACUUCUGAAGAGUAUUAUAUCCAAGUUUCAUCCAUUCGAAUCGCGGGGCAAGACGUUCCACUAAAUAAAACAUUGUUAUCUAUUAAUAAGAAAAAUGGAGUUGCUGGGACGAGAAUAAGUACAGCUACACCUUUCACAAUUUUACACACUACCAUAUAUGAUGCUUUUAAAACUGCUUUCAUCAAGGCACUUCCAAAGAAUGUGACAAUUGUAGAGCCUCCUAUGAAACAAUUUGGACUUUGCUUUAGUUCGAAAAACAUUAAAAGCACCAACGUUGGACCAGAUGUUCCUGUGAUAGAUUUUGUGUUGCAUAAGCCUAGUGCAUUUUGGAGGAUUUAUGGGACAAAUUCAGUGGUACAAGUUAAUAAGGAUGUGAUGUGUUUAGCAUUUGUGGGACAAGACCAAACAUGGGAACCAUCGAUUGUGAUUGGAGGACAUCAAAUGGAAGAGAACCUAUUGAUAUUUGACCUUGUAGGAAGGAAUAUAGGUUUCAGCUCAUCACUCAAGCUUCAACAAGCAUCAUGCUCUAAGUACGAUAAUACCAUUCUAGGCUAA